AUGGCCUGCUCUACAAACAAUAUAGCUUACACUUCUCCCAUCAAUCCUCCUGGAGCCGCUCCGAUUCUCACCCGCAGUCAGGUCUGGGCUGGUUUGCUCCUCAAGAUCCGCUCCGCAGAGACCUUCGUUCCAGCCGGCAUCCAGUCGACGUUGGUCCUCAGUGAAUCGGUCGAUCAAUCUGGAAAUCCCGUCACCAUCCGUGAAGUGGUUUUUCGGCAAGACAAGCGGAAAGUCAAAGAGACUGUGACGGCCCACAAAGACUCCCGGGUUGAUUUUGUUCAACCUGAUGGGAGUACAAUCAGCAACAUUGUCAGUGAAGGUGCGGAGGGGGAGUUGUAUAUGACCUAUGUUUUUGAGUGGAGGCACCCAGGCGCUUCGGAGCAGGAAUUGGCUGUGCUCCGCGAAGAGGAAAAAAGAUUGAGCAAGAUGGCUGUUGAGGAUACAAUCAGUGCCAUGAGGGAGCUGUCUCGAAAUGGGAAGAUUUGA